AUGUGGAGGUACCUGGAGCCAUUGUUUAUCCAUUCCGAUGAGGUCAAGAAAGAACUGCCACUGGACACCAAGCGAUUCGAAAAGAUCGAUGGAGAAGUGAAGGCAACGCUCAUGGAGCUAUGGAAAGUCAAGAAGGUGAAGGCUGCCUGUAAUAAACCGGGCCUCGUCCCGAAACUUGAGAUCGUUGUGGUGGAGCUUGAAAAGUGCAAGAAGUCCCUCAGCGAGUACCUCAGCGGGAAGAAGCGGCUAUUCCCUCGCUUCCACUUCACGAGCGAGGCGGACCUACUGGACAUUCUCUCUAACGGGAACCAGCCCAGCAAAAUCAUGCGGCACGUCAACAAACUCAUGCUCUCAACAAGAACCCUUGUGCUCGAGAGCGUUCCCGGCAACGUUAGCGAUCGCCCGCGCGCUAUUCGCUUUGAGGCGAGGGUUGGAGACGAGAUUAUUGACUUCGAGCCCGCCGUUCUCCUGGAGGGCAAGGUUGAAAAUUACCUCCAAGCAGUUUUGAACUGCCAGCGGAAGACCUUGGGAAACACCCUCAAGCGGUCGCUUAAUCGUUACCCAAAUCAGGCGCGGGUGGAAUGGCUCAUGGAUGCUGAUCCACCCGGUUCGGUCAACAAGACCAACCCUGCACAGAUUGCUCUUCUCGUGGCCGGCAUCAACUACGUCUUUGAAGUGGAAGCUACAUUGGAUCGGGUCCAAACGGGAGACAACUCCGCUCUUACCGGAUAUCAUGACCUUCAAGUGAAUCAGCUCAACCAGCUCAUCGAGUUGACGAGAUCAGAAUUGAAGCGGGACGACCGGCAACGCAUCAUGAGCCUCAUCACCGUGGACGCUCAUGCUCGCGACAUUGUGCUCAUGUUGAUUCGAGAGAAUGUCACCGACAAGGGUGACUUUCAAUGGGCUUCACAGCUUAAGCAGCGCUACAAGGGAGAGUCAGGCCACCCAAGGGACUCCAAACUCCCUUUGGCGACGAUCGACAUACUAGAUGCUUCAUUUGAGUACGGCUUCGAGUUUCUCGGGAACGGACCUCGUCUCGUGAUCACACCCUUGACAGAUAGAAUUUACGUAACGGCCACGCAGGCGCUACACCUGAAGAUGGGAUGUGCCCCUGCUGGCCCGGCUGGCACGGGUAAAACAGAAACGACGAAGGACCUUGCCGCUGGUCUCGGAAAUUGUUGCUAUGUGUUCAACUGCUCGCCUGAGAUGGAUUAUCAGAGUCUCGGCGAUAUUUUCAAAGGCUUGGCAUCCUCCGGGGCCUGGGGAUGCUUCGACGAAUUCAAUCGCCUUGUACCGGAGGUGCUCUCCGUAUGUUCCUUGCAAUUCAAGGCGGUCACCGACGGCUUGAAGGCGUACGCAGUGGCUUGCGCCGACAGAAACAGGGACGAUCACUCACCACCGUCUAUCGUGAUCGAAGACGAUCGUGUUAGCUUGGACCCUGGUUGUGGGGUUUUCAUUACAAUGAACCCGGGCUAUCUCGGGCGUUCGGAACUACCGGAGGGGCUCAAGGUGUUGUUCCGACCUAUCACGGUCAUGGUUCCUGACCUGGUUCUCAUCUGCGAAAACAUGCUGAUGGCGGAGGGGUUCGUGCAAGCGAAGACACUUGCCUCCAAGUUUUAUGGCCUUUACUCGCUUCUGCAGGAGUUACUCAGCAAGCAGGAUCACUACGAUUGGGGGAUGCGAGCAGUGAAGUCGGUGCUGGUGGUUGCAGGGAAGCUCAAGCGCGCGGAACCAGACCUCCCAGAAGACUCACUCCUCAUGCGGGCCCUACGAGACUUCAAUACGCCCAAAAUUGUUCAUAGUGACGAGGCUGUGUUCUUCGGUCUCCUCAACGAUCUGUUCCCGUCUAUCAACCCUCCGAGGCUUGUCAACGACAGUCUCAACGCGUGCGUUCGAGAAGUGUGUGAAGACAUGAACUUGUGGCCCGACGAAGCGUUCGUCCUCAAAAUAUCGCAACUGGAUGAACUUUUGGCAAUUCGGCACUGCAACUUCGUCGUAGGCCAAGCUGGUGCUGGUAAAAGCAGCUGCUGGAAGGUGCUUAAGGAAGCCCGAAGCCGUAUGGACCCCAGCAACAAGGUCAAGGACGUUGACAUCAACCCCAAGACCAUGCCCACGGAAGAACUCUACGGCCACAUUUCCUUGGCUACAAGAGAAUGGAAGGAUGGGGUACUGAGCGCAGUUAUGAGAGACCUCGGAGCCAUUCCCAACGAGGCACCGAAGUGGAUAGUGCUCGACGGGGAUCUCGACGCGAAUUGGAUCGAAAGCAUGAAUUCCGUGAUGGACGACAACAAGGUGCUUACUCUGGCCUCCAACGAACGUAUCCCACUUCGAGCCAACAUGCGAAUGAUUUUCGAAAUCCGGGACCUCAAAUAUGCCACACCGGCGACCGUGAGCCGCGCCGGGAUUUUGUACAUUUCAACAGUCGAGGGGCAACAGUGGCACUCUCUCAUCGCGAGCUGGGUAACUGGUUCGGGUUACAGCGAGGAAGUCAAGUCUCAGUUGUCUGGGUUAUUUGAGUUGUACGUCCCAAGAGCGGUGCAGCUUCUGUCCACCCAACUGAAGACCAGCGUGGAGUGCGAGCCUACAACCGCUGUUUCAGCCCUGUUGCAGCUUCUGGAGGGAUUUCUCAAGAACAGUAUGCUAUCCGAUGGGUCUAUCGUGGAGCAUUCCUUUGUUUUCUGCACAAUCUGGGCCUUUGGUUCGACUCUGGGGGUCGGAGAUGAUGGAGUCGACUACCGCAAGACGUUUUCUGACUGGUGGCGACGGGAAUUCAAUAAAGCGGUCAAAUUACCAUCCCGAGACACUAUCUUCGACUACUUCUUGUCUGUUGAGAACUGCGAGUGUUGCUUUGAGCCGUGGACGAAACACAAGAUUUUUAAAGUAAUCGACUUCAACUCGAGCAAGAUGAAGAUGAACGAGGUAACGGUACCAACAGCAGAGACAGCUUCGGCGACGUUUUGGAUGGAGCAACGUAUGUCCAUGGGCAAGGCGGUGAUGCUCGUUGGUCCUGCAGGAACCGGGAAGACCCAACUAGUCAUGGGCGCGCUGAGAAGCUUGAUGGGAAAACCUGGAGCGGAUUACAUGAUGGCUAAGGUCAACAUGAACUUUUACACAAGGUACGCAGCAUCCAAGCUUGUUGUGCAAAACAUCAGUGAUUGCCAGUACGUGGCCGCAAUGAAUCCAACAGCAGGUAGCUUCCAGAUCAACCCUCGCCUGCAACGGCACUUCUUGGUGUUUGCCAUUGGCAUGCCAAGCCCGACCUCCCUCCUGGCUAUUUUCGAGACCUUUUUGGAAGGACAUCUCGGGCAAGAGAAGCAAGGCAAACGGUUCCAAGUCGGUGUCGUGCAAGUUUGCGCCAGCCUGAUCAAGGGUGCUCUGAGUGUUCACAAGGAGGUUAGCGAUAAUUUCCGCAAAACAGCGGCGAACUUCCACUACGAGUUCAACAUGCGACAUCUCACCAAUGUGUUCGAGGGUCUACUCAAGGCACACCCCAAGAACUUUGUGCAUGGCGAGCAGCUGGUUCACCUUUGGUUACACGAAAGUGAACGUGUGUAUGGUGACCGGUUGGCAUGCCUGCACGUCGCUCGCGUGAGCCGCGUCUUACAACAAGCUGGCGGACAUGCCAUGUUGAUCGGUGUCGGAGGAAGCGGUAAACAAUCUCUGGCCAAGUUGGCCGUGUUCAUGGCGGAGCUCGCCCCUAUGACCGUGGUCAUAAGCAAGAGCUACAGCCUCAACGACUUCAAGGCCGACCUGCAGGUGUCGAUUCCCAUUCGCCGAGGACUGAUUCACUCCGCUCGGGCACUCUCAUCCACAGCCGAGGCUCGGCAUGUGUACACCACACCCAAGUCCUACCUGGAAUUGUUGAAGCUGUUCACUUCCCUUCUAGACAGAAAGCACAUCGAGGCAGAUGCCGCUAUACAACGUCUGGAAGGAGGCGUGUUGAAACUAGCGGAAUCAGCAGAGGCCGUGGCAAAUCUUGAGGAAAAUCUCAAGGUGAUGCUUGCUUCCGCAGAGGAGAAACGCGCCCAGGCGGACAAGAUGGCCGACCAGGUGGGCCCUUAUGUCGAUGUGGUACGGAUGGAACGGGAAGGGGUUGGGCGAGAGACAGAAAAUGCCAACAUCGAGGCAGACAAGGUGGCCAUAAUACAGAACGAGGUAGCACGGAAGCAGGCGGAUGCCGAAAACGACCUCGCCAAGGCAGAACCUGCAGUGCUCGCGGCCAUGAGUGCUUUGGAUACAUUGGAUAAAUCCCAGCUAGGACAGUGCAAGACUAUGAGUGUUCCUCCUCCUGGCGUGGUGGACAUUUUCAUCGCAUGCAUGGUGCUACUGGCGACCCUCAGCGACAACGUAGUGGUGAGCAAGCAGACCGGCAAGGUCCGAGAUAAGGAUCGCACGUGGGACAGCGUGAAAAAGUCGCUGCUGGGAAAUAUCAACGGCUUCCUGGAAGAACUGAAGGGGUUUAAAGGAGCCGUGGACGACGGAUCGGUGCCAGAAAUCAAUAUCCGCGAAGUUAGGCCCUUCCUUGACCUGGAGCACUUUAGAGUGGAAGUCAUCGAGAAACGAAACUCUGCGGCUGCAGGUCUUUGCUCCUGGGUGCUCAACAUCGUCCAGUACUAUGACAUAGUGCGGACAGUGGAGCCUAAGCGACGAGCCCUUCAAGAAGCGAACGACCAACUUGAAGCCGCAAAUAACGAGCUCGGGGAGGUGAGAGCACGCUUAUCGCAGCUGGAAGCAACACUUGCGAUCUUGAACGCCGAGUAUGAGAGGGCAGAGGGCGAAAAGCAAGAGGCGCAAGCCACGUAUGAGCGGGGAAAGACCAAGAUAGAGCUGGCGAGGCGUCUCGUGUCGAGCCUGGGAGGAGAGACGGAGCGCUGGGCAACAGGAGUGAAAACGUUGUUGGAGGACAAGGAAAAUCUUGUCGGUGAUGUUCUUGUCGCAAGCGCAUUCCUCAGCUAUGUCGGUCCCUUCACCAAGCCUUUCCGGGAGCAGUUGGUGAAAGAGCAGUGGCUCCCGGUCAUGGCCAAAUCCGUAAACAACGGUCCCAUGCCCAUGAGCGUUGCAGCUGACCCACUACGUGUUUUGACGAACGAAGCCGAGAUCGCCAAGUGGAACUCCCAAGGACUACCCGCUGAUCCUGUGUCGUCAGAAAAUGGAGCAAUUGUUGACAACUGUGCGCGUUGGCCUCUCAUUAUUGAUCCACAGCUUCAGGUAUGCAACCAGGCAUUGCAGAGAAUAGGGGUGUCAGUGUGUUCUUGGCAUUCGUCAAGAUACUCCUGGCAUGCAGUUCUUAUCCUCGACCUUCUGAAGUGUAGGGCGUGAGUUUGAACCCGGCGCAGUCGCCCGAACUGGGAAGUUUCCCAAAUUAUGUUCAACAGAUGGUGAUGGGGUUUCGUUCGCAUGUACACGACAAACCGACAAGGGAAAGAAACGGGUGAAUUUCGUCUCGCGACAACACUUCACACGCAAACAACGCAGAUGAAGAUGAAGUGAGAACAUCCUUGUGUGACCUUCCUCCUGUGUGACCCGGGCUGGUGCGUUCCAAAACACACCGAGCGGAGAAAACUCGACGUCCAGAACAAACGUGAUGGUACACACACGCAAUAUGGUGU